AUGCCGACAACUACUCAUACAACCGAAUAGCCAUCUACCACCACAGUAUCAACCACUACAACAACGUCAACAACAACUACGACAACAACGACUACUACAACGACGACAACAGAACCUGCAGCUGUCAAAUAAUGCAAGGAAGUUGUGAGCGCAUUUGACACUAGUGAAUAGGAUGGAGGCGAAACUAUUUCAUGUAAAGGAAUGACAUCUUGUCCAGAUGGCUCAAGUCCACCCUGUGUUUGGAAGAGAAAGAUUGGUACAGUCUGCAAUGCUGUCGAUCAAACUGAUUCAGCAGGUAGACAAUUGAAAUCUGAGUCAGGUGCUAAACUAAGAAUGCAAACAAAUGGAUUGCCCAAUCAUUGUUUAGAUACUUCAGUAAGUGUACCAAAAGAAAACUCAAUUGAUUUUGAAGUAAGAUUCAAGAAUAAGCCCAGAAACAGUCAAAGAAUGAACAGAAUUCUAGCAUCAGAAGAUGAAUUAAUCAAUACAUCAACCUUUGAUGGAGAUGAUUAAGAUAGCGUGAAUAGAGCUCUAUGUGAUGGAUCAUGGACAUAAGCAGGAUUUUUACAAUCAAUUGAUCCUGAAUACACAGAAUACUCUGGCUAUUUCGAAAGCAUUGUAGGUAUCGCAUUAAAUGGAGUUCCAAUUCAUACUGGAAAUUCUGAAUAUGGAUCAGACGUAUACUAUCCUAAGUAAUUCGGCAAAAAGAUCUAUAGUAAUAAAAAGAUUUAACUAGAUGAUUGUUUGGGAAGCUCUGAAUAUUCUGGAUAUUAUCAUUACUAUGCUUGGUCUCCUUGUAUUCUACCUUCUGGACCAACAAAGACCGCAGUAGCAUAAACUUGCAGAAAUAUUCCAGCUUCAAUAAGAGAAAACAUUUAUGGUUAUUGGAGUAGCAAGAGAUGGCCAUUCAAUACUUGGACCCUAUAAAAAAGAUGGACUGUUAUGGCAGCCAUGUGA